AAAUAAUUGUUCCUUUUCCAUUUUGCACCAACCACCGCCAUGUGCAUUCCCUUUCUGUUAAUUCUUAGUUACUGUAGCUUAUCAUGGGCGCAGGAACAUCCGUCGGUUCUUAUAGUGGGUAGUGGUCCGGCCGGCGUAGCUGCCGCUACCAAAUUGUUGAAAAAUAAUUUCACCAAUGUUAAAAUUCUGGAAGCCGAAAAUAGGAUUGGCGGUAGAAUUCACAGCCUAAAGUUUGGUGACGCGUACGUCGACUUAGGUGCGGAAUAUUGUCACGGAGAAGAGGGCAACGUUGUUUAUUCCAUGGUGAAAGAUCUCAACGUUUUGGUGCAUCCAAAGCCCAACGUUACGGUUCUAAGUUCAAAUGGCGAAGAGGUCAAUAGGACCGUUGUCGACAAAGUACUGCGCUUAGUUUAUUUUUUAGGUGGCAGUCAACCCGACGACGAGACUCAAAAAGAUUGCGAAAAUGCGUUGUCACUAGGUGAAUGUGUGGAUUCGAGGUACGAAAAGUGGACGGAGAACGCCGAUAACGACAAGCUGGUGCUAAAAGAUUUAAAAUCGUGGACAGAAAACUGUAUUCUAUCGUACGACAGCAGUUUCGAUACGCACGACUCUCUUUAUAAGGCGGAUUUUAAAUCGUGCGAUGGCGACAACGGCAUGCAUUGGGACGGUCACGGAUACAAAACCAUCUUAGACGUUAUGAUGCAGAAAUUUCCGGAUCCACGGCAGCAACUGCCCAUAGACGAUAAGGUUCUGCUCGGAAAGGAGGUGACCGGUAUUACCAAAUGGAAAACUGGCGGCAUGGUACAAAUAUCCUGCAGCGAUGGAAGCGUAUACUUCGCGGAUCACGUUAUUUUUUCCCCAUCGGUUGGGGUAUUGAAAGCCGACCAUUCGAAAAUGUUUCAACCUUCGUUGCCGGAAGAAAAAAUAAGCGCCAUAAAUAAUAUAGGUUUUGGUUCUGUGGUCAAAGUAUUUUUCCACUAUCCGGAGAGAGUAAACCGGUUUGGUGGUGUGCUAUGCAUUGUACAGAACAGCAAGGAUUUGCAGGAGGUGACAGGAGUGAAUGAAGUUUUGCUGUCUAAUGUUGUAUGUAUUCUGGACGUCGACCAUAAUCCCAACGUCUUGGUUGCAUGGUUCGCGGGGAAAAACGUGACAGCCAUCGAGAGCUUGAACAAUGAUCAAAUUAUGGAAGCCCAGAAAUAUUGGACGAAGAACAUUUUUGGACCUAAAUUCAAUAUUGGAUUGCCUGAUAAAAUUCUCAAGUCAACGUGGUAUACAAAUCCGCACUUCAGAGGCACCUACUCCUACGCGUCAGUCAAGGGACAUUCUAAAGGUGGUGGUGGUUUCCCUAGUUCGCUUGCAACCCCGUUAGUCGAUGACGAUGGAGUUCCUAGAGUUCUAUUCGCCGGAGAAGCUACCCAUCCUCAUUUCUAUUCAACUGUUCACGGUGCAAUUGAAACAGGAUAUAGAGAAGCGGAGAGGAUAUUAAAACUCUAUAACAUAGACUGAGCUUUUUCACCAGCACAUUUUUUUCCAAACUUAGCCCAAAAAAUGAGAUUUCGGUUAUUUGCCAGAAUUGUGUGUUAAUAUUAUGCCAUUGAGGAUUUGCAUGUGGUUUUAUUCUGUAUGUUUUGUCGUACAAAACUUCUCAAUAAAUAUAUAUAAAGAUAUA